AUGGUUCGUAAACUCAAACAUCAUGAGCAGAAGCUGCUGAAGAAAGUCGAUUUCCUUGACUGGAAACAGGACCAAGGCCAUAGAGAUACCCAGGUUAUGCGCACAUACCAUAUCCAAAACAGAGAAGACUACCACAAGUACAACAAAUUAUGUGGUGAUAUACGUCGUCUCUCUCACAAGCUCGCACUUUUGCCACCUACAGACCAAUAUAGGAUAAAACAUGAGCAACUACUACUGGAAAAACUGUAUGCAAUGGGAAUCUUGGCCACUAAGUCCAAGAUUUCUGAUCUGGAAAACAAAGUCACUGUCAGCGCCAUAUGUAGAAGACGCCUCCCGGUGAUCAUGCAUCGUUUAAAGAUGGCAGAAACUAUUUCUGAUGCAGUCAAAUUCAUAGAGCAAGGUCAUAUUAGAGUAGGGCCAAAUCUCAUCACAGACCCGGCUUUCUUAGUUACUCGCAACAUGGAGGACUACGUCACCUGGGUUGAUAGUUCCAAGAUCAAGAAAACCAUUCUCCGGUACAGAAAUCAAAUCGAUGACUUUGAUUUUGCAUAA